AUGGUGACCAGGGUGCAAGAAACAUCCAUUGGAUCCAUAGUUGAGAUCCUUAAGAGAGCCAGAGAGAUAGCACAUGGUAAUCCAGGUGUUCCUGAAGAGCUACAACAGUGCUUGGAAAAAGCUCUUGAUGCAACAAGAGGACUGCAAUGUUCUUCAACAACAUUGACCAGUUCUAACAGGAUUGCAGGUGUUAACGUACAACAGGGUACUCGGGGAGAGGGGUUAUGUUUCCAACAAGUUGACCUGCAUGAUUUCUCCUCUUUAAUUAGGAGAACUUCAUAUGUGGAUUGUCAUCAAAGUGUCCUUUGCAGUGAAACUAAAAGCAAGACUAAAGAAGAAAAGCUCUCAAGUGAUGCAGAAGGGCGACUUUAUAGAAUGCUGGUGCGGAUGAUGGGAGCCAAAAGGAUUUUAGCGAUAGGCAUGCUAAACUUUCCAUCCCUUCUGUCUGUGGCUGAAGUGGUCCCAGAUGGUGGCAACAUAACUCUAUGUGCCACACAACCAUAUUUGGAAGAAGCUGUCCAGAAAGCAUCUGAUUUCUCAUCUCAUGGAAAUAAAAUAAGGGAAAAAAUUGGACCAAUAAUAGACUCUAUGAAGGAGCUUGCAGCCAUGGGGAAAGAUUUUGAUAUAGUCUUUAUUGAUGCUGAUCAAAGGAGCCCUGCAGAGUACUAUCGCUUUGUCAUGGAGAACCAUUUGCUGAGGAUGGAUGGGAUGCUCUGCGUGAGGGACGCACUCAUGAAAGGACAUGGUUACCUGGAGAAUACAGCAGAUGAAAAUGUAUUAGAUGUCAAAACACUGAAUCAAGUAAUUAAUUCCGAUCUUCGCACAGAGCAGGGAGUAGUGAAAGAUGAAGUGUUUUGGGGCUACCGUGGCCGUCGCAUCCUUGACCGCCUACAACUGGAUGGAAAAAUUGCAUAUGUCACUGGUGGAGGCCAGGGGAUUGGGCGGGCCUUUUGUCAUGCAUUGGGUGAAGCAGGUGCCAAAGUAGCAGUUGUGGAUCUGAUACCUGCAAAGGCGGAUGCAGUAGCAUGUGAGCUGAACCUCAAAGGGAUAAAAAGCAUGGCUGUUGCAGCAGAUAUAAGCAAGCCAGAAGAUAUCCAGAAAAUGUUUGAUAAGAUUGUGGCUAGGUGGGGCACAGUCCAUAUUGCAUGUAACAAUGCUGGGAUCAACAUGAACUCCUCAAGUGAAGACACUUCAUUGGAAGAAUGGGACAAGACAUUUAACGUAAAUUUACGAGGCUUGUUUUUGUGCUGCCAGGCUGCAGGCCGCAUUAUGCUGAAUCAAGGAUAUGGGAAGAUAAUUAACACAGCAUCUAUGGCAAGUUUAAUAGUUCCCCAUCCACAGAAGCAAUUGGCUUACAAUGCUUCAAAAGCUGGUGUUGUAAAGUUAACUCAGACGCUGGGCACGGAGUGGAUCAACAGAGGAGUGAGAGUGAACUGCAUUUCUCCGGGGAUUGUAGACACACCGCUCAUCCAUUCUGAAGAAUUGAAACCUCUUGUGCAGCGCUGGCUCACAGAUAUUCCAGCUGGAAGGCUAGCUCAAGUGACAGACUUGCAAGCUGCUGUCGUAUAUUUGGCAUCUGAAGCUUCGGAUUAUAUGACUGGCCACAAUUUAGUCAUUGAAGGAGGGCAAAGCUUAUGGUAG